AUGGAAGAUUCUUCAGACUCCAAAAAAAAAACAAUGGAAGAAGAUGAAAAAAAAGUGGAGGCCCUUACAGACGUUUGGUGGUGGGUUUCCGGUUCCUUGGGUGCUGUUCUUGCACUUGUGGUCAGUGCAUUCGUAGGCUCUUGGCUGACUAAAUUCAUAAUAUCAGCUUGUGUGAUGGGCUUCAUUUUUAUGUUGUUUUUAUCUGGCGUCACUUGCUACCAAUACCACAAGGACCAAAACGAACCAAGUGGGAGCUCGCUUGUCGUCGUGUUUCGUGUAGUAAAGGCUGCUAUAUCCAACAGACAUCUCCCUAUGAUUAAAAAAAUUGAUAGUGAUCCAGUGACAUCAUCGCCUGAAAUUCCAUGCACCAGGUGGAUAGACAAAGCAAUCUCCAGCAUUCUAACAGGAGAAGCAGAGGAAGAAACCGUUUGCACUGCUACGCAGGUGAAAGAAGUAAAGGAACUUAUAGGAAUGAUUCCUAUGUGGGCAAUCUUCUUCCUAUAUUGUAUCGUAAAAGCAACGGGAAGCACCUUCUUCGUUUUGCAAUUUGACAAUCUGGAUCCUAGCAUCGGUGGAUUCAAGGUCCCUCUUAUUGCUUUCUUUUUAAUUCAACCAGCCUCAGAGUACACAAUAAAAUAUCUGUACCAAUUAGUAGUCCAGAAAUGGUGGUCUAAUGCUCAACCAUUACGUGUUAUGAAAGUGAAAAUUGGCCUUGGAAUAUGGUGCUCUUUCUUAAGCUGCGUUACUGCUCGACUGGUAGAGGCUCGCAGAUUGUCUUUAAUUGAAGAACGAGGAUAUGGAGAUUAUGACGACCAAACCAUUAACAUGAGUGUAUUCUGGUUAGCACCUCAGUUCUGCCUAUUGGGAUUCAUGCAAGGACUUACUGAAGAUGGGGUCGUGGACUUUUACUACUACAAGGUAGCAGCAUCCCUCAAGAGCUAUGGACCAUCAUUCAACGAGUUUGUAAUUGGAAUUGGAAAAUUCAUUAGCGUUUUCUAUGUUUUAACAUUCAAAACAUGGUUUGGUCACACCAUAAACAGUAGUCAUUUGGAUAAUUAUUAUGGAAUUUUAGCGAUACUUAGCCUAGGGAACCUAGUCAUCAUCUACGGUUAUGUUUCUGUAUAUGUUUACAGGGAUGUUGAAGGAGAAGAUAAAAGUUUACACAGUACCAUGGAAGAAGUGGUCACCCAAGCUGAUGCAGCAGAAUGAUUUACAUAGGUCAUAUGUGGGUCAAGGAUAGUAUGUUCUGUAUUCGCCUUCUGAGACUGAUAGUGUAAUGUACUAAAAACUUGCUUUUUAUAGGAAAAAUUAGUUUAUUAUUUAAUAAUAAAAAUUUUAUUUUCUUUUUCAAUGAAAAUGUGUGUGGG